AUUCUACUGUCGCUUGUGAGUUGUGCAAAAUGGAUUGGACGAACUAUAUGUCUCCUUUCCUCUCCAUUUUCUUGGCGCUUAUUCAGUUCACACUAUCAGAAUUGACUCCAGAACAAUGCAGAGACAUGGGAUUUUCAGUGAACUUACUUUGUAGCUCGUGUGACGAGUUAAAACCUUUCAAUCUCACAGAAUCUUCCCUAGAACAGAAUUGCCGAAAGUGUUGUCACGCAGACGGUCAAGAUGAAGCCACGAAGAGAUAUGCCUUUGCUACUCUUGAAGUGUGUAGCUGAAAGUUGGGGAGGUUCCCUCAAAUUCAGGCCUUUGUCCGGAGUGACAGGCCUACUAAGUUUCCAAACCUUAGGAUGAACUUUGUACGAGGGGCUGAUCCCAUUCUAAAGCUUCAUGAUGAAAAUAAUGAUGUAAAAGAGGUUUUAAGCAUUGAAAAGUGGAAUACAGACAGUGUGGAAGAAUUUCUUAAUGAGAGACUUGUAAAAUAGACUGUUGAUGUUGUAUGAAGAGGACACCUUGUGCAUUGUAAAUAUGAAGACUUCACCUAAAACCCAUAAUUGGUGUGUGAAGUUGGAGGACACACUGUACAAAGGACUUCUGUUUCAUUAUUUAAAGAUUAUGUAACUAUUUGAUAGAUGUUAAAAUAUGACCUUAUAUGCAAAAAUAUCAUCAGCACUUAAGAGUCACAUACUACAUUCUUUCUCCACAUGUUUACACAGACUAUGUAGACUGGAUCCCAAUACGCAUAUUUUAGGUGAUUCUAGUCUAAAUCUUGACCACUGAAAACUGAGAAUGAAACUGGCAAUUGCACAGUCAAGGAUAACAGCUAGUUUUCCUACUGUUUGUAUGAUGACUUUACUGUAAACUGUAUAAUAAGGUUGUAAAGUUGGAGGCCUUUAACAGAAGGAAAUCAAUGCGGUCUAUUCUUGCACUAUUCAAUUCCAGUGGUAUAUGUGAAUUUAGAUGCAAAUAGCUAGCAGUUAAUAAACUACUUUUUCUGGGUACCUAUCGAUAGAUAUAGUUCUCUCAAGAUUCUAUAUACUAACUGCUUUGGGGUAUUGUUUUUUCUUUUUUUGCAAACUAUCUUAGUGUGCUCUGGUAUUUCCACUCUGGUACUGUACUUCCCAAUUUUUUUGGAUAAUUUUCAUGCCUGUUUGCUCUGAAGUGUCAGCUGUGUUUUCACAGUUAGCCCCCAAGCGGCUCUUUGGGGUUAAGUACAAGAAGACAGCUGACACUUCAGACUAAGCCUGUUAAACGACUUUAUUAUACAUUGUAGUCACCAUCUGUCUUCUCAUUGGCUAAAAGCCUACAAAUAAUUCUGGGAAACAGCGCAACCUACAGAUUAUUCACUAAUCUGCUAGCAGAUUAGUGAAUAAUCCGUGGGUUGUGCGUGCAAUGCAUAAUUUCCAAGAACAAUGUCAAGUUCACGUAAGAACAUGGCUUGUCAAAAGUUAACUGUGUUUGGUGUGAUAAUGCGUUUGUCGUUAUUUUCUUUAAAACAAUGUAUAAGAAAACGAUACUGUUAUGAGAUUCAGUUUUUGUGAUAUCCAGAAUAAUCAAGGUCUCAGUUAGUGUUAUCAGCUUCAGCCUUCAGCUUUGGCUGAUAACACUUGUUUUGAACUGAACUUCUUUACAAGGAAAACUUUCUUCUGGAUAGUCAAACCAUGUGGGCAAAAUCACCCUCACAUCUAGUCAAUUUGCCUGGUUACCAAGCACCUAAUGAAACCCCUAAGGGGUGGGGUAGGGAGUGUGGGGGCAUUAAUUUUCCUAAAAAAGUCAAGCAAUGACUAAUUUUCCAGGGGAACUUCAAA